AUGUGCACCACCCUGUCUGUCGACCAUUCCCUUGCUAACCACUCUCCCCACCGUCUUGUCACCGUGUCCGUGACUACAUUCGACCCACGCUCUCAAGCCAUCGUCCUCUCUCUCUCUCGCAUCACCCCCACAACCACCCACAUUACCGUCUUGGACUCCCCACAAGACGACAACUCCACCCUGAUUGUCGUGACAGUGGUCCUGGUGGCCUGCAUAGUGGGCAUCCUGAUCGCUGUCAUCACCGUCUACUGCUACCGACAGAAGGCCAGGAUCAGGGCCAAGCUCAAGGGGCUGAGCUCCAACGGGGGUGCCGUGGAGGGGGAGGCGACCGCUGAUUAUCAGGAUGAGGGUCAAGCUCAAGGGGCUGAGCUCCAAUGGGGUGCCGUGGAGGGGGAAGCGACCGCUGAUUAUCAGGAUUUGUGUCGGCAGCGAAUGGCCAGCAAGUCCUCGGAGAAGCCAGAGCCGCUCAGCCGCAUCAGCAGUGUCGCGAUGAGCGAGGGCGCUAAUCCAAGUCCGUCCAGUCGCAGCAGCACGUCGUCGUGGAGCGAGGAGCCAGUCCAGUCCAACAUGGACAUCUCCACGGGGCAUAUAGUCCUGUCCUACAUGGAGGACCAUCUACGCAACAAAGACAGGAUUACCAAGGAGUGGGAGGCUCUAUGUCGAUACGAGCCGGACGUCAGUAGCACCAAGGUGGGGGCACUCGCCAUCAACGCUCCCAAGAAUCGCUACCAGAACGUCCUGCCAUACGACCACACACGGGUAUUACUGAAUGACUCCACCAAUGCACUAAGCUCAGACUACAUCAAUGCAAGCACGAUAGCGGACGCAGAUCCAAGGAACCCGGCCUACAUUGCAACCCAGGCGCCCCUGUCGUCCACAAUAGCUGACUUCUGGCAGAUGGUUUGGGAGCAAGGAGCAGUGGUCAUCGUGAACCUCACCCCAAUGACAGACGCGGACACCGUACACACCCUGUACUGGCCUUCAGAGGGCGGCACACGCUACCACUUCUACGAGGUCCACCUGGUGUCGGAGCACGUCUGGUGCGACGACUACCUCGUCCGCAGCUUCUAUCUCAAGAACACUGAGACGCAAGAGACGAGGACAGUGACCCAGUUCCACUUCCUGACCUGGCCAGAGAACGGAAUACCGCCCUCGCCCAAAGCUCUGCUGGAGUUCAGAAGGAAGGUGAACAAGUCCUACCGCGGGAAAGCCUGCCCGAUCGUGGUCCACUGCAGCGACGGAGUCGGGCGUACAGGCACCUACUGCUUGGUAGACAUGGUGCUGACGCGCAUGACUAAGGGCGCCAAGGAGAUUGACAUCGCGGCCACACUGGAACACAUACGGGACCAGCGGCCAGGCGCCGUUAAACUGAAGGAGCAGUUUGAGUUUGCCCUGACGGCCCUCGCCGAGGAAGUCAACGCCAUCCUGAAAGCCCUACCGCAGUGAGUCCGCCCGUCGCGACCAACACAAUCACGUCUCCCAGAUCACUACACGACCAACCACCGUAAAAACAGUGACAACCAUAAAAUGAAACAAAAAGUGCGUUCAUCAUCGCUGACAGAAUGAACCAAAGAAAGAAAAAAAGGAAAAUAGCCACUUGUACAGAGAAAACGGUGUAACAGAUUGUAUGAUAGUGCAGGAGUUUAUUAUAAGACUAUUGGCCAAUACACUUAGAAACUUUCAGGUCACAUGUGCAAGGGUUUAUAGGAAUCAUAGGCUGUACUCCCUGACAUGGGUUAAUUUGAAGAUUUCAUGCCAAAAAAUGACUACAUUUUUGUCUUUUUUAACCAGUUCCCCAGAUUACCUGUUCAGUAAAGGAACACUAAUUUUUCGAGGCAUCAUGCGUGUCAGGUUUGAAGACCGAAAUUUUUUUCAUGCGUUUUCAAAAGUGCAAUCAGAUGUUUAAUAAUGAUAAAACAGCACUCUUCCAGUUUCUGCGAUCAAUCCUCGUAAAUGUAUUGAAAGCACAUGACUCAUUUAACUGUGAUUGAUUGAAAUAGCAAAACAUAAAAACUGUACUUCGGACUUUGUGUAUUAUCAUUCUACUGUACAGUCAGUACUCUGUAGAUAUAUUUAUUUCAGCUCUUUCUUACACAUUCCUGAUGAUUCAGGUAAAAGGUGAAAGGUUAUUAAGGGGGGAGGUAUUUUGUUUAAAGUUUCUGGGCAGGUACCGCCCCAAGGAAUGGCGCCUAACACCGUUGAAUCAAAGCCUUUAGAUGCCAAGUUGUCCGCAGGUGUGUCGCGUUAUUGAAUUUUUAUUGAGCUUGAAACAAUCUUCUUACACCUGUUCUGCCACCACCCUGGGGGGAAGGGGGGAGGGGAAACGUCAACUAUCCAGUCAGGCCAUCAACCGAACUGACAAAGCUUGAUUGUGACAGGUGCUCAUACCUGCAACAUGUGGUCGCAGUUUACUCUCCAGGAAGUAAUUGAUAAUAUUGACGUGCGCACGGGGAAGGGCUUUCUCUUGUAAUGGGGGCGAGGUUAUUGCGAACAGGAAUCCUGACAGAUAAGACGGCAGGUUUUUUCUAACUUCUCGCCACGGGUCAUAUUUCUUCACAUCGUUUCUUAAUUACUUGCUCAAAUUGCCGGCAUUCUGGGAGUGAUUCACUGAUUUGACGCCUUGACUUUCGAAGCCCAGAAUAACUAUAUGAAAUCCCAAGUGAAUUUCUCUUUCUUAAAUUGUUGUUUUCCUCUGUGGUCAAAAAAAAGGAUGCAGUGAUGUGUCCCUCAGAAUAACUGACCCUAUUUUGACAAAAAUCUGCCAUGGCGUGAAAAGAUAGUGAGACGGUCACAAGAUGUGUAAAUGAUUUAUUGUAUUAAGAAAAACAAAAAACCAGGUAACUGCCAGUGCAAAGAUAUUGCAACUUCAGUGAACUUAAAAAGUGAAGUGGCGACAACUUAAAAACUGCGGCUGGUUGGUGUAACGGCCAUUGAAGACAACUGUUUAAAGUAAACAAUAUAUGUAAAAAUAAAAAUAUAGAGAUUUAUCAAAUGUAUGAUAAUGAAUCUUGUGAUUGAAAUUCCGUAGAGCUAUGAAAUAGUAGAUGUUUUCGUCCAUUGUGAGUGCUGUCAUUGGAUUUUGUGCAAUUAAAAUAAUGCUGUAUGUGAAAUUGUGAAGAAAAAAAAUGAUCAUAAAAGUCAUCAAUUUAUGGAGAGUCAGGAUUUCCUGGGCAACACUUCCGUAUUCCUGAAACCUGAAUUUCCAUGGCAAUGCCGUUUUAAAAACUUUAUCGUCACACUAACAACUAUGAAUGACGACCUUUUCAUACAUGUAAAAACUGUCAUAUUUUACAGUUUAAGGGAUUCCGAUUCUGAUGAUAUUCAGUUUACAAAACUUUUUUUUGAGUCCACAUUCCCAAUGUCCUCAGGAAAAAAGAAAUCAUUGCAAUAUUUUUCCAGUAAUGAUUUUUAAAGUAUAAGCAAGUGAGUUUUCAAAUCUACAAAUAUAAAUUCAUGAAUAUGUUGUGGAACAUAAUUUGCAUGAUAAUGAUCAUAUUUCCACAUUGUAUUCUGAAUACAUGCAUGACAGUCUUAAAUUGCAUGGUUAAUAAUGUUGAGUAAGUACUUUUCAUUUUCACAUUGAUAGCAUCAACUAUCAGCGCGUUGAUUUUAUCAAGGCAUUUAUCUUGUAUAUUUGGAGACAGUUUCAUAUUUAUGUGACCAUUCCAAUAUUUUGUCAGUACUCUGAAAUGAAAUCAUGGUUUGCAAACCUCGUUUUUCAAUUCCAAAAGAUUCCACAAUAUGUGGAGAGACAUAAUAACAUCUCAUUAAAUAUCAGGAAUCAAUUGUAGAUUGAUUAUUGAUUGAUUGAUUAGAAAACUUAGUGCUGACUUGGGCUAAGCAAAUAUUGAUUUCACUACAUUCAAAUUGUUGAUAUUCAGUGUGCCGAAGGGCUGAUAUGUACACCUAUAUGGCUCAACCAAUUCAUCAAUGUCUUGGAUUAUAUUUUUGAAAAAUAUUCUGUUUUAGGGUUUUUUUUUCUCAGAAGUUGAGUGAAUAUACUAACAAAUUCUCCCAGCUGUCAAUUUUUGUUUUAUUUUUUUAGCCACCCAAAUUGUCAUUCCCAUUUUUUAUUUGUACAUAAAUCUGUUUUUUUUUUUAAGGACAAACCGUUACGUUAAAUACCAAAACUGAAUUUUAAUUGCAAUCUAUGACGUUGAAACAUCAAACUAUGUUUAAAAGAAAAGUGUUAAUUUUAUGAAUAUGACAUAAUGAAUUAUGAUUAAAGAAGUUCUCAAAGAAUAUGUAAAUCAUGUCAAAUGUAAGAGCCAAUCAUUCAACUCAAUGCCAGAAUACGUAGUUAUGAGUUCUUAAAAGAAGCUCUGUGAUUGGUGGAUACUUGUUCCAUUUAUUUUAGUGUAUUUAUUGACCUGUCCAUAUUAGUUAGUCGUUUUAGUUUUAUUUAUUAUUAACUUGGAUUACUAAUGAGUAAAACUGAAGUCCAAAACUAUCGCUAAACUAGGCAUAAGUCCUGUAUAAUGUACCGCUUAACUUGCUUAGUUCAGUUUGUAUUAGUUAUUGUGAAACCGAGUUUAAUAUAUGAUGAUGUCAUCGUGUCAAAGGUCACGAGUCACGAAUAAAAGCACUAGGCCUCCCUGUCUAGAUAUAAAUAAGCAACUGGA